UUAGCAGCGGCAUUGUUGCUGUUAUUUUCGAGGUGAGCGGAUGUGUUGCGGAUGCGAGUGAAAAUUGCGACGGGCUGCGUAGCGUAGUUUUUGUUACCUGUGUGUGCGCGGUUACCUUUUGAAUGAGUGCGAUUGAGGAGAAAUGAGCGGCUAACACGCGUAACGGCAAUAAAAAUAGUGGCAGCCAGAUAGAAAAAGAAUGGCAAUAAAAGCGUAAUUAUUACGAAAAUCGUGUUUGGCGUGUAAAUGAAUUUAGCCGGGUCGGCGGGUCGAAUUCAAAAGGUAGUGGUCGGUGUAAAGUGCAUCCAAUAUUAUCCAUAAAAACCAGUUUCGUUUUCAAUUUUUUGAACGCCGGUUUUGUCGGCGUCUUGGUUACCACAUUCAAUUAAAAGCAGUGCCCAGCAGGCCAACUAGUUUUCUGUGAGUGUGUGUGUGUGUGUGUGUGUAGAGAGAUAAAAAGUAAAAAACGGCUAAGAGCAAAGGAAUUUAUGUUGCCGAGAGUCAAAAACAGACAACAAUAGCCGGGUGGAGAAGGAAGCUGCAGAGGAUUCAACUCCAGAAGUUGUUUGACCACUUUUUUUUAAGUCUCUCUCUCUCUAUCUCUCUUUCGCUCAAUCUAUCUCUGUGUGUUUGUGUGUGUCCGCGUGUGUGUGAGUGGUAUGAAUCCUCUAGAUAGUGCCCAAUAUAAUCUGAUUCCAUACCAAAGUCGUCGUCAAUGAGGAGGAUCAGCAGGACAUCGAAGACAUGCCAUUCGUCCAGCGCAUUGUCCAGCCCGUGAAUGUGGCCCAGGCGACAGCGGCCAGCAUUGGUCAUGCCUCCAAUCGUUUCCAUUGUGUGCCGGGCAAAUGCAAGAACAACAAUUGCAUCAACAAACAGCAAUUGCCGGAGGAGGAGAAUGUAGGUGAUGCUCUACCCAGUACAUCAUCACCCACUCAUCUGGCACGGGCACUUGUCCAUCAUGUCUGCGAGAACGGCGACGAUGAGCCUCGUCCACCGGCUGCAUUACCCAUGAAGAAACUAAAACAACAUGUGGAAUUCCUAUCAACAUCGCCGACCCCCAAUCAUGGCCCAAGUCGUCAUGUUUCCCAAUCUCUGCCAAAUUCCCGACACCCCAGCCAACAGCGUUCCCAGAUGGGCAAGAACGCCAGUCUCAGUGCUCCACAAUCACCCACCGCUGGCGGGCAUUAUAACAAUAGCGUCUCCAAGGUCAUAUCUGGCCAUGAAUUCGAUUCCAUAAGCAACAUAACCCUAAGCAAUGCCUUACGUCAACUGGCCAGCCUGGUGCUGAUCGCCAGUGAUAUUUUUGAUGAACUGCAGCGGGAUUUGCAGUCGGUGGGUGAACGUGCCACCCGGGUGCAACGGAAAAUCGCUGCGGUGGAAAAGCGUGUUUGUGCCUAUGAUCCGAAAACGGUCACAGUUCCUGAAAGCGACCUGCUCACCUUUGCACAACGCAAGCAACAUUAUGAAACGGACAAGUCAUUCCAAAAGGAGCUCUUCACCAGCGACACAAGACCGCAUAGUGUUAAGCAACUCUACACGGAGGCUGGCAAGGAAUUACUGCCAAUAACGGUCAGCGGCUCAUCGGCGGCACACUCGACGGCCAUAACGCCACCACGUUCCAUUUCAUUGAAUGGUGAUCUAUUGCUUAAUGAUCAUGAUGUCCUACUAAAUGGUUCCGCCGCAAAUGGAGCUGCAGAUGAAGAGCAUCUGUUAUGCAUAUCCGAUUUUGGCAAUGCCAAUCGAAGAUUGCGCACGCGUAUCGAUGCCGAGAUCGAGAUACGUUUGCCCGCUGCCAUUGAGGAUCUACGCAAAUGGACAUCCAGCGAGGCUCUGGGUGAUGUCACCGUUACGCCCGAUUGCAUGCAUCAUGUGGACACCUCGAUUAGCACAUCGAUGGUAAUCGGGGAUAAUGGCGUCCUAACGCCCGCCCUUUCACCGUCCGUACUGUCUGCCGAUGCUGUCGAUGCCCUCUAUGGGCAAAAUCUUAGCCAACCGGUGGACAGUGGCCAUCAUCAGCCAAAUCAUCAGCCUCUACUGCCGAACGAUAUCAAUAAAGAUGUGCCUUUGAAUCAUCGAUUGCCUUCACCCGAGGAACAAACUAAACUGAUUGCCUUAAAAUAUCCCGCCGAAGUGAUUUCGGUCAACACCUCUGGCAAGCAUUUCCAGCGAAUGUGUGCGGCUCGAAAAUCAACAACGGGUUGCUAUGCUGGCGGCCAGAAUGGCACCAAUGCCCCUAGCUCAUCGAGCAGUGCCAGUCCGGAGAAUAAUCAAACAGAUGCCAAUAAUCUGGAUGACAAUCUGCAGACCGUGAGUCGACGAUCACGAUCACGCAAGGUGCGUGGCAAGCGGAGGAAUACCAUAGCUGGCAUUGAUCAAAAGGAGAUACAAGAUGCAGCCAAUGGCCAUAGAGAGUCGAAGAAUGCAUCGUCGAGUGCCACCUCACCAGCGCCAGCAACUUCGGCAUCCGUUUCCGCCACCGAUGGCUCCAAAAAGUCCAAGAAAUUCGGACGCAGCAAGUCUAGCGAUAUCUUAAAAAAGGAAUCUGUUGCCUUGCCAUACGACAAGGGCAAGAGCACACUGACCCGUCUCAAUUCGCUGAAACAAUGGGGCCGGAAUCGUUUCAAGUUCAUGCAGAGGAACGGCGAGAUGAAUGGCUUUGGGGAGAGCAGCCAAUUGGACACCAGCGGCUGCAGUUCUCAGAACAGUUCCGCCGAGAAGCCAGAGAGCAGUAUCAAUACAGGUGGCGGAUCAGGAAUGAUCGCUCCAUUGCAGCCAGGCAGCAAACAAUCCCGGAACAUUGAUGAUGAAUGUGUGGUCCAUGAUCUGAUUACCCAGAAGAGUGAAUCUCGGUUUUCGCACGAACGAAAACCCUCGUAUUCCUCCUCCGAGAAGAGCAUGACCGUCUCGAGCAGUGGCCAAUUGAGAGGUAAACUUCAGCUGGCAGCGGCACACGUUAAGAUGCGAGAGACAGCCACUUUGAAUAGACAACGACGCAAUGGACUGCACGGCCUGGCCGGUAAAGAUGAGCAGCCACACUCCUCGAGUGGCAAUUGGAGCGCCAGUUCGGAAUCGGGCAGAGCCUCCAUUGGCAGCGAGAUAACCAUGACGCAUCCAAAGUCAAGUGCAUCGAACACCUCGUUGAAUGUGUCCAGUUUCCAGCCAUGUGGCAGCAGUGGUCCACCCUCAUCCAUGUUGAGUCGACGUCGUUUCCUUAACACUUCCGCCUCCAGUAGUGUGACCAGCGAGGGUACAGCCACCCCGGAACUCCAGUCGGAUGGCUGUGCUGGUACCUAUCCCAAUCACCUGGACGAUGAGACAAGUUCCGCUUACAGCUGCGAUACCGAAGGCUACUAUACUUCUUUCCACAUGGACAGUGGAUUGCGUACACUCAAGGAAGAGGAGCCGCCCAUGACCCCAUUGCAGCAGAGUCUGCAUACAAGUAGCUAUUCCUUUGGCAGCCAAUCCAAUCAGACAGUGCUGAAUGCAGAGAAUGAAUAUGAAUUGUAUGGUCGGGGUUCGACCUCGACCACCACUAGCUCGGCGGGCACAGUGUGUACGACUCUGUUGAAUGCGGCUGCCAUUACGGGCCCAGAUGUGCCGGAGAGAACCAGUUCGUUGGGCAAACAUAGCAGCAGUCGGAGUCAGAGUAAUAGUGCCAGUAAUAGCACACUUGAGCGUAGUUACAGUAGCAGUACCAUAGGAAGCACUCUAGAGCGUACAGGAACCAUUAAGAGGAAUGUAAAACUUACCGCCCAGUCGGAGGAUUCAUCCUCACAGCUGGACCAUCAGCAGCAACAUGGCGAACGUUCGGCCAUGCCACUGCCAAGUGUCUGUGCCGGCGAACUGGAGUAUUCGGAGAGUUCUGAUCUGGAGGGCGUGGAGCGUAUUGAGCGCAUUAAACAGAAGACGGCCAUCACCUCAAAGAGAAUUCCCUCGAUGUGCAUUAUUACGCCAACUACCAGUGAUGAUGAUGAGCAUCAUGAUCGCACCUUAACCAAUCUCUCGGUGGAAGUUGAACACGAUGAGCAGGAAGUAGAGGAAGCAGAGCAACUGACACCAACAAAUGCGUCCAGUAAGGAUUACAACCUUAAUGAGCUUAAGCAGACACCAACAAAAGCUCUGAGCGGAAUGUUUGAAAAGCUAAAGGUAAAGCUUGUGUCGGGUAACAAAAUUUCACCACCAAAGCCGGCCUCAUCGAGUGCCGUUAACGAUGAUGAGCUUUACGACAUGGCUGGCGAGUAUGUGACCAUUGCCGACAUCAGCAACAAUAACAACAAGAACCACCCCCUUCACAAUCGUGGCAAAAUGCAUGCAUCUUCGGCAGCUAGCUCCAGUCUAGGCAUCUAUUAUUCCAAUGACAUAGUUCGCCAGGUGAAAGCCGAACAGUCAUCCGGCUCCGGCUCAGCCUCCGCCACUGCUAACUCCACCUCCAUUGCCGAGUAUGUGUCACUCAAUGAGUUGCCACAGCAUUUGCGUCGGCAUGCAGUUGUUAGUAACCCAAACCACCCCCCGAAAGAGAGCGGAGAUUGCGCACAGCUGCCAUCUGGAUUGGGAGAGAAAGCAGCUGUCGCCACAUCACCACCCUCAGCCCAUCGGUCGGGCAGUGAGAGUUGUGGUGUACCCAUGUAUGCAGAAAUUAGCGAACUACGCGAAGAGAAAUCGCUCAUCUCGUCGGCAACGAGCGGCGGCAACGGAGGUACACAACAGCGACGUGUACGCACGAAUGCCGAGGGUAAAAUCAUUUACGAUUCCGAUAGCCUGAAACGACGUAAGGGUGCACAUACGACAUUCGCACCUGGGCCCUAUGUGAAGGAAACUGAAAGUGCUCUGCUCAGUGCAACGCGAGAAGUGACCGGAGAAAGUGCAUCAUCAUCACCGCCAUCAACAGGACUGUCAUCUACUACCGCAUCUGCCACAAAGAGUGCCAAAUUAUUGCUAUUAAACGGCGGCGGUGCUGUUCCUGGUACACGUAAGGUGGCCAAUGUUCGUCCCAUUGUCUCGAAGUCACCGUUAAGUAAAAGUCCGAAUACAAGCGGAAUGUCUGUCUACAGUGGCAAUUAUCAGGAGCAGAAACAAAUGCUGGCAAAUCAUACGAAUCCAUUCUAUGAGACAAUAGCAACACCAUCAAAUAUGAUGCCAUCGCCAUCGGGUAAAUCGAAUUCAUCGACUGGCUCGACGGCCACCAAUUCAUCAUCAUCUGGAAAUUCUGGGGAAGAAGGGUAUCAACGUUUCUCUAACAUCUAUGAGCAGGUGCAAGUAGGACCAACAUCCGACAUACAGGCCAACACAGAUGAUAUUGCCACGUCUGCAUUUCAGCGGAACGCACCCAUUUAUUGGACACUGCAGAGUCGUCGUAGCCAGCCAAAACCGCAGGCCAGUGGCAAUGUAAUAUGCCGGGAUGAUCUAUAUGCCACGCCCAUACGACGUGCAGAUCGCUUGGCACGGGCAACCGCUGCCAACGGAUCAGCUGGACCAUCAGAUGGCAAGAGCAACAUAUCGCCAAUAGUGCCAAGGAAUCGUGAUGGAGUUUUUCUCACCUCAACACCCACACGAGGGGAGACCGACAGAGAUGUGACAGCGCCCAUGAAGCAACCAUCCCGCAAUUGGACUGAUAAUUCGCCAGAGCGUCUUAAUACCUGUGCCGAUCGCAUUGGCCAAAGUAAAACAACUCUCCUGGACUUUAAGAAACUUCUACUGGCCAAAUCGGCCAAGACGAGUCCCGUGCAACGUAAAGUCUCUGCCGUUGAGAUGCUGAAAAAGACAUCAGCGCCAAUGGCAAUCCCAGCAACAAGUACCACAUCAUCAACUGGCGGAGUAACUGCAUCAAAGCCAACGCUCAACUCCAGCAUGAAAUUACUUGAUUUAAGCGGAUCGCCAAAAACGUUUGCCAAUCGCAGAAUGCUGCGCCAGGGCCAAUUCGGUUCGCCCUCUAAGACUUUUGUCCCAAAGAUGCGAGCUCCGGGCAGUGUUGUGGCCGCUGUGGCUGCAGCACCGCGAACUGAUAUUAUGUCAACCACCAUACCAGAGGCCAAUAGCGAAGAGGAUCACUCGACCAGUGGGGGAUCUAGAGCCAGCUCCGAGAUAAGCGAAGCAGCGGCACGUCAAUCCAGCUUUGAUUUGAAACGCAAUUUCUUCCUGCAAACUGAGGAGAAUAAUUUCAUGAGGGGCGAGCUUAAAGCCAAUUUUGCCAGAGGCAAUAACCAUUCUUCUUCUAAUGGCGGUGCCGCCAACACGGAGAGCAAUAAGGUUGUCAAUGCUGCUCCUACUCCCCCUGUGGCAUCAUCUGCCGCCCAAGCACUGCCAUCGUUUGAAACGGCGCUGUAGAUACCAAACUUCAUGAGGCGCGAGGCGUUGUUAGCGGGUCUAACCCGACCGACAUACAUACAUAUGUAAACAUAUUCCAUAAGUAACAAUCGCAUAAUCGACAUAAGCAAUUUCAAACCAUUUUUGGCUUCACUGAAUCCAUUAAUCCACUCACUACCUAGCGACGCUGAACCUGCAUUUAUCGAACGAUCGAGUCAAAAUCGAAGCUAAAGCUCUACACGAGAUAUAUACAAAAAUAUUUCAUACAUAAUAUAUACAUAUAUAUAUGUAUGUACGCAUCAAUUAUAUACAAUAAAACCUAAAAUGUAUUUUGUAUUUUUUAAAUUGUGCUGCUUGUAUAAAUCGGAGAUAUUUUAUACACAUAAAUAUGAGAAUCGUCUAUACAA